GAUUGUGUACAGCGAUACGAGGACAGGGAAAUUGUUGCGGUUGCAAAUGCCGUGUUCCGAGGGAUCGUUGAUCGGUUGACUCGCUGUCGGUAUCUGCUUUGCUUUUGCUUUUGCUUUUGCUUUCGAUCCGAUCCGAAGCAAGCCAGCGAGCGAGCAAGGGUUCUCCCGAAAYASCGAAAACCAGCCGCUCCGGGAAGYCUCCCGCCGGAAUGCCUUCCCGAUCCACCCCCGGCACCGCCCCCCGGUACACGGUCCUCGAGGCGGACCACCGCGUCCCYUGCCGUGCCUGGGCCUCCGCYRGCUUUCCCCACGGAAUCGUGAUCGACGACGCCUGCCCCCRUGGCUGGCUGUCCGGAACGGUCCAGCGGAUCCGGGAGGGUCUCCCCCUGGACCGCAAGCGGCCGACGGUCGACCGGAGGUUCUUUUGCGACUCUCGCCGGGGCCUGGUCUGCAAGCCCCUCGAGGCGAUUCUGGCAGAGGCGGUGGACCGGGCGCUGGGGGCCCUGGCGGCCGACGGCGGAAGCAGGACCAACAACAAACGCAGCACGGUCUACUGCCACAAGUACCUGCGGUUCCUGGAAUACGGAAAGGCCGGCAGCGAGCUCCUGCCCCACCGGGACGGGACCAAGACCUGCGAGGACACGGGCGCCAGGAGCACCCACACGCUGCUCCUCUUUCUCAGCGACUGCGAUCUGGGUGGGGAAACCCUCCUCAUGGACGAGGGGGACGCAUCGAGCAACUGGUCGAAGGAAAGGAACCUCACAAUGUCGGUGUACGAAGACGGCAGCGACAGCGACAGCGAAAACGCAAACGACAACGCAAACGAUUUCAACAACGCCAAUACAURCGAUGAAAGCGACGACAGCAAAAAAGGCGGCAGCCUUGCUCCGAGCCGCAGGGCCUUCAACCGGCGGAGGAUCCGGUACGGCAGCCCCGGAGACCCGAGAAGCACAACCCCCGCCCGGACCACYKGGAUCUUUCGCCUUUCGGACGCCUYKGUYCGCGGCCCCCGGGAGGGCCCCCAUGGAGCCCCCCCAAGGAGCCCCCUGGCCCUUYUYCCGCAUCCCCAACGGUGGAUAAGCGCGGGCGUCCAGCCCUCGAGGGGGAGGAUCCUGGUCUUCCCGCACCACUGGCCCCACGCGGGGGCCGUGUGCAAGAGCCUGCCCAAGAUCGCCCUCCGGGCCGAGGUGACGAUCGGCGUGGAAGAGAAGGGCGACCGGCCGCAAUGCGAGGCGAAUCGAAGCAGCGCGGGAACACACGCUCUCCGGACGGACUAACGCAAAAGCACCGCUAGAGGCGAAACCUAUCCGAAAAAAAAAAUCGUGUGCGUUUCU